CAGUCUGGUCUUCAUAUCCUGAACCCUGCAGGCCAUGUGACCUCCAGCCAGGUCCAGUGGCAGACACUGAAGAGGUUCCUGGCCUUGGCGCAUCACUUCAGACUGCCGCUCUUUCUCACGGACGUGGCGGCGCUGUCGCUGCUCUCCCAGGAUGCCGUGCGGCAGCGGGACAGACUCGUGCAUGAACAACACUGCAGCUUCCUGUGCACUGGGCGGCCAAUCAUCUCCUUUGCUCUGCAGGCCAACCUGUGGAAGUAUGAUCCUGGCUUCCUAUUGGCUGCCCAGCAGAAAGGUUUUGAUUUGCUCGAGCUGCGAGGAGAAGACCCACGAUUGGCCAGUCUGGACACCCUAUCAGGGCAGGAGCUCCCUCUGCACUUCCUGUUUCGUCUCCAUAGUUACAUCAUCCAUGUAGUACUCCUGUACGAGCGCAGUGGAAAGUAUUUGUGGCAUGGACCUCUGCGGCUCAAAGCCUCCAUGGACCGAAGCUUUGCUCCCUUCAAACUUCUGGAGUACGGACGCCAUGCUGGAGCGUACCACAGGCUGGUUUCGGCAGUGCAGCAUCAUCUCGUACAGUCGGGAUGUUGACAUUGGGGUCUUCAUCACAGACUUCAGGCCUGAGGUGGUCUCAGCCUUCAGAGACGCUGGUUUCUCACUCAAACACAAGUUUGGAAAGGUGGAGGACAGUCUUGAGCUGUCUUUUCUGGACAACGAUGUCAAACUGGACAUUUUCUUCUUCUACAAAGACGGAGGUGUGGUUUGGAACGGGGGGACGCAGGCCAAGAGUGGCAGGAAGUUCAAGUACAUCUUCCCCGUCUUCUCGCUGUGCUGGGCGGAGCUUCUGGAGGUGAGGGUUCGAGUUCCGUGUGAGACGCUGGACUACGUGAUGGCUAACUACGGCCCCACAUGGAACAUCCCAGUGAAGAGCUGGGACUGGAAGACCUCCCCCAGCAAUGUGCUGGAAAACGGGGUGUGGCCUGUGCUGGAAUGGGCGGAGCUUAUCCAAGUUUACUGAGACCAGGAAGAAAAAAAUAUUUUUCAUGUUGAUUUAAGCUGUUAAACAUGGAGAGAAAUAAAGUCUGAAACUGA